AUGUCUGUAUUUCUUAGUAACUUAUCAACAAAUGACUCUAGCCAAUGGAAAGAAAAUCAUAAUUCGACAGACCUUUUAAAUCCGCCAGGAACUCUGAACAUCUAUCUUUUUUGCCUGACAUGCUUAAUGACUCUUGCAGCCCUGGCAGGCAGCAUUUAUUCACUAGUUUCCCUGCUGAAAAUGCAGAACAGAACUGUUGUGUCCAUGCUUGUGGCUUCCUGGUCUGGGGAUGAUCUCAUGAGCGUCCUGUCGGUGACCAUCUUCAUGUUUUUGCAGUGGCUAAAUGAGGUCCCCGAUUACUUCCAGUCUCUAUGCACCACCUCUGCCUUACUAUAUUUAUGCCAGGGCCUCUCAAGCAACUUGAAGGCGACUCUCCUAGUCUCAUACAACUUUUACACGAUGCACAGGACUGCAGGGAGCCAGGCAGCCUCCAGAAGAUCCAGCCAGGUGCUUGGCGUGGCACUGACCGUGUGGGCAGCCAGUCUGCUGCUCUCCGGGCUCCCACUGUGUGGCUGGGGCGCUUUCGUGCGCACGCCUUGGGGCUGCUUGGCAGACUGCUCCAGCUCCUACGUGCUGCUCCUCUUCGCUGUGUACACCUCAGCCUUCGGACUGCUCGCCGGUCUCUCGGUCCCGCUCAUUCACCAGCUGCUGUGUUCAGACGAGCCACUGAGACUCUACGCCAACUACCAGGAAAUUUCCCGCGGAACUUCUACUCCUGGGACCCCAUCAACUGCGGAGAGAGUGCUUUCCCUGUCCCCAGAUGAUGCUCUGGGCCCUGCUCUGCGUUGCUUUGCGGGAUGCUCCCCGAGCUCGGACACUGCGUUUGGGCCGGGUCUGCCCGCGACGACUGAGCACGGGCGCGCGCCAGGGCGCACUGCCUCGGCUGGGGCUGGAGCCUGCAGGCGUGAGAACCCGGGGACCCUCUAUGGCACCAGGAGCUUCACCGUGAGCAUAGCGCAGAAGCGCUUCUCUUUGAUCCUAGCGCUGACAAAAGUCAUUCUUUGGCUUCCCAUGAUGAUCCACAUGGUGGUCCAGCACGUGAUGGGUUUUCAGAGCCUUCCCUUCGAGUCACUCAGCUUUCUACUAACCCUGCUGGCUACAACUGUAACCCCGGUGUUUGUCUUGUCCAAACACUGGACCCACUUGCCUUGUGGCUGCAUCAUCAACUGCAAGCAGGAUGCGUAUGCAGUGGCAUCGGAUGGAAAAAAAUCCAAGAGAAGAGGCUUUGAAUUCAAUAUAUCUUUUGAACGAAGUUAUGGAAUUUAUAAAAUAGCACCUGAAGAUUACUAUGAUGAUGAUGAAAAUUCUACAUCCUAUCACAAUCUCAUGAACUAUGAGUGCAAAACUACAAAAGACUCUCAGAGAGACACUCAUAAUAUCUUCAAUGCUGUAAAAGUGGAAAUCAGCACUACUCCCUCUGUGGACAGCUCCAAACUAAAAGGCAUCAACAAAAGCACCAACACUGAUAGUCCAGAGGCUAAGGAGGAUUCCCACAAUAAAAAGGGUGUUGAUCCAUUGCUAUUUAAAAAAUCAGAAGUUGAUAUUCACUACGAAGAAACCACCUUUUUGGAAGGGCCAGAAAGAAGACUUUCUCAUGAGGAGAGUCAGAAACCAGACCUUUCAGACUGGGAAUGGUGUAGAAGUAAAUCAGAAAGAACCCCUCGUCAGCGUUCCGGUGGUGCCCUUGCCAUUCCCUUGUGUGCAUUCCAGGGGAUGGUGUCUCUCCAAGCCCCCACAGGGAAAACGCUGUCCCUUUCUACCUACGAGGUAAGCGCUGAAGGACAAAAAAUAACCCCAGCCUCUAAGAAAAUAGAAGUCUAUCGAUCCAAAAGUGUUGGCCAUGAACCAAACUCAGAAGAUUCUUCAUCCACAUUUGCGGACACCAGUGUAAAAAUACACUUGGAGGUUCUUGAAAUUUGUGAUAACGAAGAGGCCUUGGACACUGUGUCAAUCAUUAGCAACAUCAGCCAGUCCUCCACACAGGUCAGAUCUCCAUCUCUACGUUACUCACGGAAAGAAAACAGAUUUGUUUCAUGUGAUUUAGGAGAGACAGCCUCAUAUUCUCUCUUUUUACCCACGAGUAAUCCUGACGGUGACAUCAACAUCUCCAUCCCGGACACCGUUGAAGCGCACAGGCAGAACAGUAAGAGGCAGCAUCAAGACAGGGAUGGCUAUCAAGAGGAAAUCCAGUUGCUAAAUACAGCUUACAGGAAAAGAGAGGAAGAAGGCAAGGGUAGCUAG